AUGACGCCGAACACAAGAUCAUUGGUGAAUGCUGCAUCAGGAGGGUCCUUAAAAACAAAAACUCCAGAGGAAGCCUUAGAAUUACUAGAGUCUCUAGCCUCUCAGGAGUAUGAUAAUGCUCCAGUACCACAGAGAAGAGCGGGGAUUAUGAAGCUUGAUGGCUAUGAUGCCAUCUUAGCUCAGAAUGAACAGAUUUUACAAAUUAACAAGAAACAACAAGAACAACUAGAUGCUCUCACAAAGCAAUUUACCAGUUCUCAAGUCUCUUCUGUUAAUGAUAUUCAAAUAACUUGUGGUAUUUGUGCAGGUGCUCACGCUACUGAAGACUGCAAGGCACCCGAAACUGCAGAUGUUAAUGGAAUUUGGCAUGAUCAGAAAGUUCCAUAUAACCCAGGGAGGAACCAAUACGGCAAUAACCAGAAUCAAGGGUGGAGAAAUAAAAAUCAACAUCCAGGAUUCAGUUAUAGCUCGAACCAUCAACUGAAUCCUCCUAUGCCAGUGCAACAACAACCUCCACAACAAUCAGAAUGGGAGAAGGCCUUUGCACAACUAUCCAAGACCACUGCAGAUUACAUUCAAAGUUCCAAUAAUUUCAGAGAGGACACUUCAGCCUUUAUGCAAGAGACAAGGGCCUCAUUCCGGAAUCAAGAAGCUUCUAUCCGGAAUCUUGAAACUCAGAUUGGCCAGCUAUCAAAGCAGUUCACUGAAAGAGUUCAAGGAACUUUUCCAGGAAACACUAUUCCAAAUCCAAGUAGGGAACACUGCAAUGUGAUUACUACUGUGAGUGAGAAAGCCAUUGAACCUGUGAGGUUCAGAGAGGAAAUCAAAAAGCAGCAGUAUUCCAAAUUCCUUGACAUUUUCAAGAAGCUGCAAAUCAAUAUCCCGUUUACUGAGGCCUUGGAGAACAUGCCCAAUUACGCAAAGUUCAUGAAAGAUCUUCUAUCACGAAAGCGUAAGCUACAAGAAUGUGAGACGGUGACGCUGACAGAGGAAUGCAGUGCCAUUAUCCAGAAAAAGUUGCCUCCAAAGUUUAAAGAUCCAGGAAGAUUCAGCAUUUCAUGCAACAUAGGCAAUAUGGAAGUGAAAAAUGUUCUAUGUGAUCUCGGUGCCAGCAUCAAUGUGAUGCCACUAUUUAUGAUGAAGAAACUGGGGAUCACUGAAGUAAGGCCAACCAAGACAAUAGUUCAACUGGCUGACUGCUCUACAAAGCAAGCUUAUGGCAUUAUUGAGGACAUACUGGUAAAGGUUGACAAAUUCAUCAUUCCUGUUGAUUUUGUCAUCCUUGAUAUAGAGGAAAAUUUUACUAUUCCUAUGAUCUUCGGAAGACCUUUCUUGGCAACCUCAGGAGCGCUGAUUGAUGUACCGAAAGGCGAGUUGAUCUUACGGGUAGACGGGGAGCAAGCAAUUUUCAAGUUCUUUGAUAAAGAAGUUCCCUCACCUAUAAUUAAACCGGAAGAUCAAGUCUACUAUAUUAGUGUAAGUGGGAUUAAAGCAUACACAGACACUACACAGGAUGCUGAUAGAAAUGAUAUUGCACCCACUACUGAAAUUGAUGAGGAUUGA